ACUAAAUAAAAGCGAAUCAGAGCAUACCCACGUGGCAAUAGAUCCAACGGCCAGGAAAAGAUCUCUCGUUCUCUCUUCAUAUACAGAAGCCACGAAAUAUUGACUCUGUAACUGCUUUGCUCACAUUCAAAACAGAGUUUUUUCUUUUCUUUUGUCUGCAGAAGAAUAUCCUUAAAGCGUUUUGCUGAACAAUGGGGUUGGUUGAUUUGAUCACUAGGGUUGACUCAAUCUGCAAAAAGUACGAGAAAUACGAUCUCGACAAACAGAGAGAAGCUAACAUCUCCGGCGACGACGAUGCUUUCUCUCGUCUCUACUCCUCCUUCGAAUCUGCACUCGAAACUCUUCUUCAGAAAACGGAGGACUUCUCGUCUGAGACGAACAGAGCAAAAGCUGUAGCGAUGAACGCGGAGAUACGAAGAACGAAAGCUCGUUUGCUCGAAGGUGUUCCUAAACUGCAGAGGCUUGCUCUCAAAAAGGUUAAAGGGCUCUCACAUGAAGAGCUUGAUGUUAGAAAUGAUUUGGUUUUGUCGUUGAGAGAGAAGAUUGAGGAUUUACCAGAAGGCUCUGUUCCUGCAAAUGGUUGGACUGCUUCAACAUCGUACACUAACAUCAGAUUCGACGCGAAUCUCUCUGAUGACAGAGUCGAUAGUGAAUAUUUCCAGCGCACUGAAGAGUCUGAUCAGUUUAAACAAGAACACGAGAUGAGAAGAGUGAAGCAGGAUCAAGGAUUGGAUUUCAUAGCUGAAGGGUUGGAUACACUCAAGAACAUGGCUCAAGACAUCAAUGAGGAACUUGAUCGACAAGAACCACUCGUGGAUGAAAUAGAUUCAAAGAUUGAUAGGGCAGCUACUGACUUGAAAAGCACCAAUGUGAGGCUCAAGGAUACUGUAACUAAGCUGAGAUCGAGCCGCAACUUCUGCAUAGACAUUACCCUAUUAUGCAUACUCCUUGGAAUCGCUGCCUUCAUUUACAACUCGGUAAAAUGAAAGCUGGUAAUGCCACAUGACACAAUGCAUGCACACGCAUAGAAGCAUGUUCAUGUUAAGACUCAAAUGAGCGAACUUUCAGUUUUCAUCUGUCUUAUUAUACAGCCAUUAUAAUCUAUCUUUGGUGUCUGCUAAACUAAACCAAAUAUAAUAUUCCAGUUAACAACUUAUGAUCAAUUCACUUCAGUUAUUUCGGUUUUCAAUUUUAUUCAGUUGUGAG